AAAAAAAAAAAAGGAGAGAAAAAAAUGAAGAAAAACCACUUAUUAGUUGCAUUUAGUUUUGCAUUUAGACCAGACAUAUUUUGUUGCGUUGGUUUUCCAAUGAUUGCCGAAACCCGAAGAAGAAUCGUCGAUUCGAUUCAAUCGCAACUCCGAUGAUUCCGACGCGUCUCCGGCGUCUUGUUCCGUCGCACUGGUAGCGCAGCACCACCCUCUCUCCUUCGAUUCGGAUUCUUGAAACGAAAAUCCAAAACAACCCAACCAUGGAAAACGCCAGUGACAAUAUUAAUAGGUUUUCGAAUCCAAACGCAAACGCGAACGCAACCGCAACGACCUCGACCUCAGGUUUCACGUUCAGUACCCCUUCCGUUUCGGGCCUGUCCCGGCCCAGAUUCGUGAAGGUCCGCAAGCCCAACAACGCCCCCGCCUUCAAUCCAUUUCGCAACGGCGCUGCUGCGGCCGCCAACGUCAAUGCCGCAUUCGCCACCACCGAUUUCGCCUCACGAAUCGCCGAUCCAUUCAGGAAUCUCAAAAUCGACGCCAAAGGUGAGUUCGCCUUUGCCACUAAUGAUUCCUCACGUGUUGAUGAAAAUUCGGUAUCUGAACAGAUCAACAAUUUGAAGAUUGUUACCGAUAACGACGAUUCGGACGACCUACGGAAUGAGCUCAAGAAGAAAUUGAGCAUUAAAGAAGGAGGAGGUAGUAAUGCUGCAGUUGCUGAGAACUCAGCGAAUGAAGUAUUAUAUCAAAUGAAGAAACUGAAUAUGAAUGACGCUAUUAGUAGUAGUAAUGUUCAUAAUAGUGCAGUUCAUGUUGAACCUAGUUUGGAAAAUGUGACAACUUUUCGAAAUCGUGAAACGGAAGCUGCAGAAGAUUUGUUGAGGAAAUUUGAUAAGUUAAACAUAGUUAAGGAGAAGAAGGAGGAUUGUGAUAAACCGAACUUGUGUAAUCCUUUUGUGGAGGGAAUCCACCCAAGAGUUGCAAGUGGUGGUGCUCAAGUUGCUUCGGAAGACUUUGGAAUGUCACAAGGUGCUGCUUCAGCUUUGGCCUCUGUUUCUGUGUUCUUUCAGCCUGCUGGAGUUGGCAAGAGGGAGGAAUUUGUGUUUACUGGUAAACAAGAUAUUUCAGGUUCAUCUUUUGUUGAGUUUAAAACACCUGCACCACAAAUUGGCAAAGAAGGAAAACUUAAGGAAAAAGGGAGUAAAGUGAGAAUGAAUAAGAGUAGAGAAAAGCCAAAGCAUUAUAGCUCGGCCCCGCCGUGGCAUGGACAAAGUUUUGUUUUGAAAGAAAGUGUUCCCCAGGAUGAACCGCAGGGUUCACCAAUGGACGUGUCACAGUAUCAGGAAAAACUGGCUGAAAAUGAAAGGUCGAGGGAAAAUUCUUUGACAUCCAAUGAGUCAUUUAGUGUUGAUAACAACAAUACAGUUAAUGAUUCAGAACCAACAUCUUCUAUUGAUCCUAUUGAUGAAGAUCUAAUUGGCGCGGCAGAGAGCUUGAAUAUAAAUGGGGGUGAUGUUGCACACAGAGACACAAAGGAGGAAAGUUCAGAGGAUCAAAUGUGUGAAAAUAGUUAUGUUGAAGACCCAAAGGACGAGUCAGUUUCCGGGGUUGAAACUGAAAGCUUUAAGUCUGCCAAUGAUGAAGUGGACAUAACUAGUGAUGCAUCUGGUGUAUCAGCAGAAACAGAAGCCCAUGAUAGUGAUAGAAUGUUGCAUCUUGACAGUGCUUUGAGUUCAAGAAAUGUAAAUGUGUCUGGCUUCACAUUUGCUGCUGCUUCUUCAGCUGAAGCUCAAUCAAGUAGCCCAAAACGUCUUCACAAAAAGAAAAAUGUUGGCCACGAUCCUUACAACUACACACCAAACAUAAAGGUUCCUUAUUCAUCAUCGUCUGUGGCAUUUUCUCCAUUUUCUGGGACUUCAUCUCUUUUCACAUCAGGGCAAAGUUUAAAACCCGAGGUGUCCUCUCCUCCGCCCAAAACAAGUGAUUCUGAUGAGAAUCAGGAGAAGGGGAUAAAGGAGGCUCAGGAAGGCUGUGAAAGGUGGAGGCUCCGAGGAAACCAAGCCUAUAAAAAGGGGGAUCUGUCUAUGGCUGAGAAUUGUUACAAACAAGGGCUUAGUUGUAUAUCUAAAGAAGCAUCUCGUAGCUGUCUCAGGGCUUUGCUGCUAUGUUAUAGCAACCUUGCUGCCACACACAUGUCUCUUGGUAGGAUGAGAGAUGCACUAGAAGAUUGUAAGAUGGCUGCUGAAAUAGAUCAAAAUUUCCUCAAGGUGCAACUUAGAGCAGCAAAUUGUUACCUUGCUCUGGGGGAAGUUGAAGGUGCAUCACAAUAUUUUAAAAGGUGCUUGCAAUCAGGAACUGAUGUUUGUGUGGAUCGAAAAAUUGCUGUGGAAGCCUCUGAUGGCUUACAAAAGGCACAGAAAGUAUCAGAUCUCAUCAAUCAUUCUGCUCAGCUUUUGCAAAGAAGAACGGCCUCUGAUGCAGAGAGAGCAUUAGAACAUAUUAAUAAGGCGUUAAUAAUAAGUUCAUACUCUGAAAAAUUGCUUGAAAUGAAAGCAGAGGCUCUCCUAAUGCUUUGUAGGUAUGAGGAGGUGAUUCAGCUGUGUGGCAAGACCCUUGAUUCUGCUGAGAAGAAUGCCUGUCCUUUGGAUGCUGGUUGCAAAGUCACGGAUCUGGAUAAUUCACAACUCUCAAAAGGUUUCUACUUCAGAAUAUGGCGAUGCUCAAUGAUGCUUAAAGCAUACAUUCACCUAGGAAAAUUUGAAGAGGGUCUUUCUUUGCUGGAGCAACAAGAGGAAAAGAUGUCUGCCAUAAACAAAUUCUGUCCCUGCAGGAGUGGAAGCAAGGUUUUGGAUUCACUCAUACCUCUAGCUGCCAUCAUACGUGAGCCCUUGCACCAUAAGACUGCAGGGAAUGCAGCAUUUCAGGCUGGAAGGCAUGCAGAAGCUGUUGAAUACUAUACAUCUGCUUUGUCAUGUAAUGUGGAGUCUCGUCCAUUUGCAGCUGUCUGUUAUUGUAAUCGUGCUGCUGCAUAUAAAGCUUUAGGUCAAAUAACUGAUGCUAUUGCAGAUUGCAGUCUAGCUAUAGCUCUUGAUGGAAAUUAUUUGAAGGCACUUUCUAGACGUGCAACUCUGUUUGAGAUGAUUAGAGAUUAUGCACAAGCAGCCAGUGAUCUUAGGAGGCUUGUCUCUCUUCUCAGUAAGGGGGUGGAGGACAAUGCCAAUCAGCUUGGAAUAUCUGAUAAAUCAAUUCAUUAUACAAAUGAUUUGAAACAUAGUCGUGUUCGUCUUUUGGAAAUGGAAGAGGAAGCCAGAAAGGAGAUCCCUCUUGAUAUGUACCUCAUUUUGGGAGUUGAACCAUCUGUUUCGAUAUCUGAAAUCAAGAAGGCCUAUCGGAAAGCUGCACUGAGACACCACCCGGACAAGGCCGGCCAGUCUUUGACCAAAAGUGACAAUGGAGAUGAUCAGAUAUGGAAGGUUAUUGCUGAAGAAGUACACAGAGAUGCUGAUCGGCUUUUCAAAAUAAUUGGGGAGGCAUAUGCCGUGCUAUCAGACCCUGCCAAGCGGACACGUUAUGAUGCAGAAGAAGAAAUGAGGAAUUCCCAAAAGAGACGCCAUGGACCUAUAGGUAAAACUAAUGUGGAUGCCCAGUAUUACCCAUUUGAACAAAGCAGCAGGAAACAGUGGAGAGAUGUUUAUAGAUCAUAUGGUAAUUCAUCUUUUCGAGGUUCUGAACCUGGCCGAUCAAGCAGGAAGUAAUAAAAUCUGCAUGGAAUGUUAAUCCCGUGAGGAUCUGGAUUGUUGUUUGACUAUUUAAAUGUGCCCUAGUUAGAUGGUGCCUUUUAUGUUAUCCGCCACAUUUGGCCUUCUGAAUUUACGUGUUAUGGCAUGUUUGGUGCUGCUUUGAUCCAUCUGUUACUCGGCUUCAAUCCUUCGAGUUAGAAGAGGUUCAAGAGGUUCACAAUUCUGCAACUGAUGACAUUGGAGAAGCUUGGCCAUUGGCUGGUCAAUGCUUCCAGUUACUUUGGGAGGUAGAAUUUUUCUCUGCGAAAGAGAGACAGCUAGCUUGCAUUCUAUGAGAAUUGUCUUUUACAGCUGACCACGACUUUGAGCGAGGAGUUGGUCAUUUUUUCUUGGCUGCUAAACCCAGCACAUGAAAAAUAAGCUUGAAAAUUUUGCAUUAUGGUUGGUCAAGUGAGGGUUGAUUUUUUUAGAUAUGUAAAUUUUACUGACACAAGUUGAUAUUGAGAUGUACAGACGAAAUUAAAGUAUACCACUACAAAGGUUGUAAUUACCAAAGGACAGUUGGGCUUGUGUAGAAAGAGUUCAUAAAAAAAGUCAACUUAGCACUUGCGAGUUAGUAAUCCAAGUUAGGCCUCAUUCGUACGGCCAACGAUUGGCAUUUUGCCUAGCGCCAUAAAUAUGCAAUAUUUUUAAGUGU